CCCUUGUCCGUUCGAAUUUUUGUUUGCGCUACUCUUUUCCACUGCUGGCGGUCGGGUCGCGUACACGGAAUCCGUGUGGAUCUCGCCGGAGAUUUUUUUCCCUCCCGUCAAAUUUUCGCACCAUUCAUUUACGGCCCAGUAUACGCGUAUUGUUUUUCUCGUAUCCGCUCCGCUCCCCGCGCAUUUGCACAGUGAUUGUGAUCCGAUCAAAACCGGUAUUAUAUAAUAAAAUUAUUUCGCAAUCAUUUUAACACAUUUUAUUUCUACCGCGUAAAAACCAUCAGGUCUCCCGAUGUCGACUAUUCGAGCCUGAAGAUUGUAUACGUCAAGAGCACAUCACAACACUCCCGAUAGUUCGAUACGUUCGUUCAGCCGCCGCCGCCGCCGCCGUUAGUUAUUUGACACACAUCAUUUGAUCGCGGAGAGUCGAAGAGAUGGAGUUUACGGUUUUUAGAGACCAAGAGAAUGCGGGCAACGUUUUGCGUAACAAGGAGAAUAACUUGCCGAGAGACAGACUGACCAAACGACGGUCGGUGCUCGGCGUGCUGAAUUCCAAGCAACCGUUUAACAAACAAGAGCAGCAGUCGAAAUUGAAGACCCAAGGAACUAAUACAUUUUGUUUUCCUACCAAAUCUUCUAUACCAUUUACAAUUCAUGAAGAUGAUGCAGUUGAUUUUAAAAAGGCUGAUGAAAAGUUAUUUGAUAAAAAUGUGGAAAACACAAAACCAGCAGUACUUAAGAAUGAAUCUAAGAUCAGUGAAUCAGAGGUUAUUGUACCCAAUAUAUCAGCAAAAGAAAGGAAACCGCUAUCUGAUUUAUGUCAAGUUAAUCAAUCACCUGUAAAAGCUGUUGGUGAAAGUGCUGACAAAAGUAGUGUCGUAGAUGAUGAUGAUGAAUCAUUGGAGACAAGUCGUGUGUAUUGGCCCAUGUUUGAUCAUGAUAAGUCUAUGACUGCACAUCGAUUAAGUUGUAACAUAGACACUUACACAUGCGAAUUAUACUUUUACCUUAGGGCUGUUGAGAAAUCUCACCGUCCUAAACCUGGCUAUAUGAGAAGGCAACCAGAUGUUACAUACAGUAUGAGAGCAAUAUUAGUUGAUUGGUUGGUUGAAGUAGCGCAGGAGUACAAAUUACAAAAUGAAACUCUGUAUUUAGCAGUUUCAUUCAUUGAUCGUUUUCUUAGCUUAAUGUCUGUAGUCCGAGCUAAACUCCAGUUGUUGGGUACUGCGGCUAUGUUUGUUGCAUCGAAAUAUGAAGAAAUUUAUCCUCCUGAUGUUAGUGAAUUUGUGUAUAUAACUGAUGAUACUUACACAAAAAAACAAGUGCUUAAAAUGGAACAGUUAAUAUUGAAAGUUUUAGGAUUUGAUGUAUCAAAUCCUACAACCAUUAUUUUCCUUUCUCAUAUUUGUGUUCAUUGUAAUGUUUCGUUGAAAGUCAUGUACUUGGCAAUGUAUUUAGGCGAAUUGAGUUUAUUAGAAGCUGAUCCUUACUUAUCAUUUGUGCCUUCCAUGAUAGGCUGUGGAGCAGUUGCAUUAGCUAGAUUGAUAUUAGAGUAUGAAGAUAUUUGGCCCAAAGAAAUGUCCGAUUUAACUAAUUACUGUUUAAAUGAUCUGAUACCAAUUCUUAAACAUUUAAAUCAAACUUACAAAGGUGCACUGCAUAUCCAACAGAAUGCCAUCCGAUUAAAGUACAAGUCUACUCGAUACCACUGUGUCUCUGAUAUCGAGUAUAAAGAUUUAAUUGUUCCCGAAGAAACAACUCAAAAAGAAAUGUCAGAAAGGCUUAAGCUGGUCGAUGUUCAAGACAAGUCGUGAUUCAAUCGUUAUUUAUUUGUUUUCGAUUUUUUUUUUUUUUUUAUUAUUAUUAUUUUUAAUUCUUUUACAGCGAAUGAAACAUUUUUUGACACUUUUGAAAUUAUAUAUUUUUAAGUUUAAAAAACAGAAAUAAGUUCAAAACGAACCAUAAAACUGGAGAUUCUUAUAUUUCGCGCUUAUAGAGUCACGUGUAAAUACAAAUUUUUUACUUUCAUUAUAAUUCAAUUUUUUUAUACUUAACUAAUA